GUUUUAAUGAGAGUUUAUGCACUUUUAUGUAUAGUGGCAAUAGUGUAUUGCACCCAAAUUACAAAGUAAUGAUGUCAAAAAUAUGAUCAAGCUAGGCAAGUAUGUUUGACGAGUAGCUCGGAUAACUGACAAAAAGUAAAUUAGGCAAAACCAUAUUAAACAUGAUAUCAUUGCAAUAAUUUACAGAAGUGGAUUUUAGUCCACUGUUUACAGCAAUAGACGACAUUGUCGCAUCAACACAAUAAGCAAAAUAAGAAGAAGCUGAAUAAUUAGAUUCUUACUUUUAGUAAUUCUUGAGUGAUUCAGAGUUCUAUUCAAAUCAAGUCACAGAAUACAAAACUGAAGUAUGACAUUCCUAAUUCAUCCAAGGUUGCAUAACAUUAGAGUGACAUCACCACAUUCAAAAAGGACAGAAACACUUUAUAAUAAAGUUUAUAUGAUAAAAGUCAAUAAUUGACUGAUUCUCAAAAGAAUCAGGCUUAAUUGCAAAGAACUGUGUAGAAUAACGAUUAGGCAACAUCAAAAAAGACAGCAGAAUACGACUCAUCUAUAUCAAUUGUUGAUUAAGUCAUUGCAAAGUUACAACUUGUCAAAUGUAAUUCCAUUUAUACAUUCAUAUAUAGAGUCCUCCUUUAUUGAAAUAAACAAAGAGGAUCUGGCCGUUUCUGCUGCCACAUUCUCACGAAGACUGGGUGAAGUGUCUCAUCUUCCUCAUCUCUUCGAACCUUUAUCCAAGGUCUUAAUCUAAAUGGGCACCUCUGGGUAAUGAGUUAUUAAUAAAGGCUUUAGUUUUGCUGAUUAGGAACAAGCUGGAAAUGCUAUUAAGUUACUUAACAGCUUGAGAGAAGACUUAGUGGCUUCAAAAUUGGCCUUGUAAAUGAAUGCUCAAUUGGAGAAGGACACCAAUGAUGGAUUGUUGGCUUCUUUGGAGGAGAAUAUCAAUCUGUUGAAUAACGAAAUCAUUCCUUAAUUGAAAGCAGACAUUGAAACCAAAGACGGUGAAAUUGCAACCAAAUAAGGACUCUUAAAGGAUGCAUAAUCCAAUUUGGAUACUGCUUAGGCCAAUCUUGAUAAUGUGAAUGCUGGAUGGGCAGCUAGGUAUUUUGGUCGAUUUAUUGGAUUAGAUAGGAAUAGAAUAAGCAACUCAAUGAUGGUUGGGAUAACGAGUUGAUGUUGUUAUCAUAAGCAGAGUCAGCUUUGGAGAGAGGAGGAAUUAGAAGAUAAUGA